GGAGUGAGAGGAGAUAAUGAAUGGAGUUCCAUGGAGAAGAUAGAGCCCUGCCCUGCGCUGUCUCCAUCCAUCUUCUCCCUACCCCCACUGCAGGUCGAUCCAGUGACAGACACUGCCAUGGCUCUGAAGAGACCAUCCCCCGUGGUCCUGCUGCCCCUCGCCCUGCUGGUUGCCUGCCUGGCCCUGGCCAGUGGGCAGCCAUGGAAUCUCUUGAAUGACAGAUUCCAGAGACAGCAUGUGAACAACCCCAAGAACGAAGCUCCCAGCAACAGAGCCUACUGCAAGAUGAUGAUGGUGGACCGGGGAGUAAUCUGGAAGUACACCAAUACCUUCAUCCAUGAGCCCGUCAACACUAUCAACGCCGUCUGCAAGGACGAUGGCAUACCCGUUGGGGGCUUCAAUCGCCAGAGCAAGAAGACCUUCAAAAUCACCACCUGCACAUUUAACAUCUUGACCUUCUCUUUCAAUGGACUCAAUGGCACAAGCAAAAUUGUCCUCACCUGCUUGAAUGGACUCCCUGUGAGAUUUGUGAGGUACAUUUAGGACCCAGCCAGGGUGUGGAAGGCAAGAAGGGAACCCUGCUGCUUGCUCUAACCCUCCUCUGUCCCUUCCAAACUGGCCAUGGCACCUGGCUCCUCACCCACCUCUAAACACUAGUGAGAUGGAAUACGUGUUUCCACCCCUCAACCUCUGCUGCCCCUAGUGACCAUUACACAAUAUAGACACCCACUCCCUGUCCUCACCCUGUGCUUCCCCUAGUGUCCAUUAUACUGUAUAGCCACCGCUUCCCCACCGCUCACCCUCUGCUGUUCUUAGUGACCACUAUACUGUAUAGCUGGCCCUUCCCCAUCUUGUUAACCCUACUGUCACAUGGUGGCCAUCUAAAAGCCUAUCCUUAAAUUAAGAAAUAUUAAUCAGUUUCAUGGUCUUGUAUUGCGUAUUCAGCCUGAUCAUAAGCAAUCCUCAUAUAUGUCAAGAUUUAGUGUUAUUGGUCAUUUGCUUCACUUUUUUUCC